AUGGAGGAGUUUUUUCAGGAGGACGUGAUCUCGAUCCGGGACAUGGACAGCGAAAAGCUGGAGAGUAUCUUUGGUGCCACCGAGAAGAUCCUGCGGAUGCCGCCGGACUCGCGCCGGAAGAUUACCCUGGGAAGGACACUGGGCUACCUGUUCUUUGAGCCAAGCACUAGGACGCGGCUGAGCUUUCAGGCCGCAAUGGCAGCCACCGGCGGCACGUCCCUGGGAAUCGCCGAUGUGACGUCAUCGUCUACCCAGAAGGGCGAGAGCCUCGCAGAUACGGUGAGGAUCAUGUCCAUCUACUCUGAUGUCCUCGUCCUGCGGCAUCCAAGUGACGGCUCCAGCAGGUUUGCCGCCGAGGUCUCAGACAAGCCGGUCAUAAACGGGGGAAGCGGCACCGAAGAGCACCCCACCCAGGCAAUCCAGGAUCUGUUUACCAUCAAGAGGGAGAAGGGCAAGAUCGACGGGCUGAACAUCGGCAUAGUGGGAGAUCUCAAGUACGGAAGGACGGUCUACUCGCUGCUGUACGGGUUGGGAAACUAUGACGUCAAGAUCAAAAAGCGGCUCUCGUUUACCGAGUCUGCCAGCCUGGAGGACGUGAUCGACGAUCUUGAUGUGGUGUACGUUACAAGAAUACAGAAGGAGCGGUUUCCCGACGAGGAGGAGUACCUCAAGGUCAGGGGGAGCUAUGUGAUCGGCCUGGACAUGGUGAAGAGGAUGAAGAGCGGUGCCAUAAUCAUGCACCCGCUGCCUAGGCUUGAUGAGAUCUCCGCAGACAUCGACCGCUCCCGGAACGCCAAGUACUUCAAGCAGGCAGAGUACGGCAAGUACACCAGGGCCGCCCUGCUGGGGCUGAUCCUAAACAAGAACGGCUUUUAG